AUGCCUGCAGACAUGAUAGAAAAAACGUCCUCUUCUCCGGUCGCUGCGACCCCGGCCAGCAUGAACACGACCCCUGAUAAACCGAAAACAGCGUCUGAACACAGAAAGUCAUCUAAACCUAUUAUGGAGAAAAGAAGAAGAGCUAGGAUCAACGAAAGUUUGGGACAACUGAAGACGCUGAUUUUGGAUGCGCUCAAAAAAGACAGCUCCAGACACUCGAAGCUUGAGAAGGCUGACAUCCUAGAGAUGACGGUGAAGCAUCUGCGAAACCUACAGAGAGCUCAGAUGACUGCCGCUCUGAACAACGAUCCCACGGUGCUGGGAAAAUACCGCGCUGGCUUCAGUGAGUGCACGAAUGAAGUCACUCGUUUCCUUUCCACAUGUGAAGGCGUCAAUACAGAAGUGAGGACGCGACUUCUCGGACAUCUGGCCAACUGCAUGACACAAAUAAACGCCAUCAACUACCCCAGCCAGCAUCAGCACCAGAUCCCCCCCACAGCCGGCCCCACGCACCCGUCUUUUGGCCAGUCUAUGGUGCAGAUCCCCAGCGCAUCUCCACAGGUGAUGAACCCGUGCAAAGGAGCGCCCUCUCCCGCGAGUUUACCGCCAGAAGCCACUAAAGUCUAUGGUGGUUUCCAAAUCGUGCCUGCCACAGACGGACAGUUUGCCUUUCUCAUACCCAACACAGCAUUUGCCGCGAACGGCCCCGUUAUCCCGGUUUACGCCAAUAACGUGAGCUCGCCGGUGUCCUUGCCAGCAGCCGUGUCUCCCGGUGUCCCAUCGGGAAACUCAGACUCGGUGUGGAGACCGUGCUGUGUUAAGAGGAGCUUCCUGCCCCAGGCUCUGAAGCCACAGCUGGACACGGGCGUCUGGGAGGCACGUGUUGUGACCCAGACAACACCCAGAUGCCUUCAUCCUCUCAAACCAUCUCCUUUUUACCUCUCCCCACACAUCUACGGCUAA